UCUCAUUUUUGGUUUCUAAAAAAGAAAGUUAGCCAUGGAAUCAAAGAGCAAGAAUCUGGUUCUGGGUUUUGUUGUCUUAGCCGUAUUCUUGAUCUCAAGUGUCAAAUCAUGGACUGGUGAGAUUCAUGGUAGAGUUGUCUGUGAUGUUUGUGCUGAUUCUUCCAUUGGUCCUGAAGAUCAUGUUAUACAAGGCGCUGAGGUUGCUGUACUUUGCAUUACAAAAUCCGGGGAAGUAGUAAAUUAUCAAGCUUUCACAAAUGCUAAGGGGAUAUACACCGUGGCGGAAACAAUGCCCGAGAGUGACCGAUGGAAUGCAUGCUUGGCACGACCAAUCAGUAGCUUCCACGAUCACUGCAACCAUCCAGGGGGACGUAGCACCGGCAUCAAGUUCACCUAUAAUCGCCCAUCAGGUCAUUUCCACACCGUCAGACCGUUCGUAUAUCAACCUUCUACCGCUCCAUCGUACUGCAGCGAAAGUGUUAGCGAAUAAGUACACUUUUAGUCCCAAUCAUUGAUGUCUUACAC